GUCAGAGACUCAGGAAAAGUCCAGCGCAGGACCAGGACUAAACCGGGUCUAAUCCAGCAUCUAAACUAGGACUAAACUGGGUCUAACCCUGGAUCUAAACCAGGACUAAACUAGGUCUGAACCAGGACUAGACUAGGACUGAACCAGGACAAUAGCUGGACUAGAGCAGGACUGAACCAGGACUGAAUCAGGUCUAAACUAGGUCUCAACCAGGACUAGACUGGGACUGAAUCAAGGCUAAAUCAGGACUAUAGCAGGACUGAACCAGGACUAAAUCAGGACUGGAGCAGGACUGGAGCAGGACUGGAGCAGGACUGGAGCAGGACUGGAGGACUGGUGGAACAAUGGGAGCUUUGUUGGUUGUUUGCUUGGAGCUGUGCAGUAGCUGAGAGCUGAGCUCUAAUUGGUCCAUGAUGAGUAAACAGAGGCGGGGCUUCCACAUCACCAGUGUGCGGUCAGAGCCCAUCAACCAAUCAGAGUCCUCCACUCGCCGGCCACAGUCCCAUGAUGCAGUGGGACAUCGCUUCAGAGUGGUGCGUUUGGACACGAGGGGGCGCUACCAACGCGGCCGCUGGACGUGUGUCGACCUGCCCACCACGGAAGUGGCGUCGCUGGGGGCAGGACUACGGCGCGUCAUGAUGAUUGACAGCCUGAGACACGCCCACUCCCUGGAGUCGCUGGAGAUGAUUGGACGAGAGCGAGAUAAGGGCACGGGGUUUGUGGUCCUCAGUGGGCCUCCAUCUCCCACAAUGCAUCAGUGUGACCCCGCCCCCCCAAAGCCCCGACCACUGCAGCUACUCACAGAUGCACAGACCUUGAGGCAGUGUCGGUCUCAGCCGUCGUCUCCUCCUCACAGCCUCAACCUGAGCCACGCCCUCUUCAGCCCCACCCACAGUGCGUCCUGCAGUUCCUCAAUCGAUAAUAAAAUUGAACAGGCUCUGGACCUAGUGAAGACCCACCUGAGGAUGGCGGUCAGAGACGAGGUCCAAGUCCUAAGAGAAACAAUCAGAGACCUCCAGACCCAGAACCAGCUUCUACAACAGGAAAACAGGAUCCUCAGAGCCUUCACACGGACCGGACCAGGACUGGAGCAGGACUAAACUAGGACUUAACCAGGACUGAACCAGGUCUAGCUCAGGACUAAACCAGGGUAAACCAGGACUAAACCAGAACUAAACCAAGACUAAACCCAGUCUAAAUCAGUUCUAAACCAGGACUAAACCAAGGCUAAACCAAGACUAAACCCGGUCUAAACCAGGUCUAACUCAGGACUAUCUUUCGGACAAUUGUACAGAAGCUGUGAAUUACUGAACGAGCCAAUCAGGAGUCUGUUCCCAUGGUGAUGUAAAUUAAAGUUUAAUAAAGUAUUUAUCCAACCCUAAA